AUGAAUCCUCAGCAAUUUGGCAACAUGGCUGGCAUGGGAGGUGGCAUGCCCAACAAUAUGCAGCAGAUGAAUCCCCAGAUGAUGAAUCCUCAAAUAGCCAACGCCAUGCGCCCUCAACCCGCCAUGCCCAUGCAGGGCAGAAUGCAGGCCCAGGUCAACUCACACAACGCCGAGAUCCAACGUCAGGUCAUUCAAGCUCUACAAAGUCAAGGAACCUUUUCGGGCGGCUGGCAAGCGACGGUACCUUUGGUGGAGCGUGCCGGCCAGGUCCGCUUGCUUGUCGACUCCCUGCGCCUUGUACGUCCGCCUGUCGAGCCCGCUCGAGCCACCGAAGUUGCCAUCCAAUUCGAACGCAAGGCUUUCAGUCAGAGCACAAAUAAAGAGCAAUAUCUACAAGAAUGCAACAACAAGUUGACCAAGAUCAGAGAUCAGAGGGCGCAGCAGAUGAAUGCCGCCAGCAUGGGGAUGCAGGACAACAUGCAGAUGCAGAAUCAGUCAUUCAUGCAGCAGAUGGGCCAGAACAAUAUUCAAGGCAUGAACGUGCCCAUGAACCCCAUGCAGCAGAUGCAGAACGCUAUGAUGAAUCAGCGCAUGCCCAACAUGAACCAACAGCAGCCUCAGAUGAUGCAGAAACAACCAGAGAGCUUAAGCCCAGAAGACAACCAGAUCAUCAACCAACGUGCGGCCGACCUUGCUAAGAGCACCCCCAAAGACAAAAUGCGUCAGAUCGUUGACCAGAUGAAUCCACAACUCAGACAGAGCCUCGAGACUAAGGGUGUCGAUCCCAUCAUUUACUGGUUCCGCAUGAUGGCCACUCGCGAGUUCAGAAAGCAGAAAGAUCCCCAGGCCGCACAGAAUCAGAUGAUGGGUCAGAACAUGCAGCAGAAUCGUGCCAUGCAACAAGGUCAGCCAAUCAUGAAUGGCAUGGAGCGCUUCCAGAAUCAGCAGAAUGAGGCUUUGAGGCUGCAACAAGAAGGCGACAUGGUCGUUCCGGCAAGCAACAAUCAAGGCAUGGGCGCAGAUCAUUUGAGACUCCAACAACAGAUGAUGGCCAACUCCCAGAGAAUGGGGCAGCAGAAUCCCAACCAGGCCAUGAUCGAGCGACAACGACAACUGCAGCUACAGUCCGCCAAAAUGCAGCAGGUCAAUCAAAUGCGCCAAGGUCAACAGCCCGACGGUGGCAUGCAACCUAAUCAGACGCCGCAACUAGGCAAUGCUGGUAUGAACAUGCUGAACCAACCAGUCGGCCCCAAUGUGCAGGGAACGAACUCCCAGAACAAUUCGCGCCCACCGUCACGGCUUCCUCAGCAACCCGGUCAGCAAUUCAAUCUGCCAGACCAGCAGAAACGAGAGCAAUUCCUUGCCAACCUGCCACUUCCGCUCCAAAACAUUCUGCGCCAGAAGCCGUUCGAGCAGUGGCCUCCGAUUAUAGAACAAUUCAAGAGAACGACCGCCCAGCGGCAGAACAUGGCUCAGGGUCAGCAGCUUCAGGCUCCCAAUCAGUUCAUGCCUGGUCAGGCACAACAGAUGCAACAGUCUCUAUCCAAUGGUGCAGAAUCUCAAUUGGCUUGGCCUCAAACAAUGGGCACAGGCGAAUCCUCAGCAGAGUAUCCCGAUGGCCACCAUAAUGCGGUUCCAGGCAAUGGUCUUCGCUCAACUGCAAAAGAAUAA